UUCUCACUCAUCACCCCCUCUCAAUCCUCCACCAAAACAUACAAAAACUCCACUCACACACUACACUACACAAAACCCAAGUGACCAAUCCUCAGAUUUUCUCCAUUGCUAACCUAAAAACACUAGGGGAAACAGAUGAACAUGAGGCCUAAACCCCAUCAAGCUUUGAACUUUAAGUUUCUUCUUCUUGGUGUCUUCAUUGCUUUCUUCCUUCUCUUCUUGUUAAGAUCAAGCUUUUCAUCUUCUUCUUCUUCGUCUUCAAAGCAGAACAUUUUUCCUGUUUUGAAACCAAAAACCUCUAAAGCAAUGAAAGAAACAGCGGAAAAUUGUUCUCCAACGUGUGCCAAGAUCCCUCGCUCUCUAGCGCAAACUCUCAUCCACUACUCAACCUCAACCAUCACACCACAACAAACCCUCAAGGAAAUCUCAGUGACAGCAAGAGUUCUAGACAAGAAGUCACCAUGUAAUUUCUUGGUCUUUGGCUUAGGCCAUGACAGUCUCAUGUGGAGCUCACUCAACUUUGGUGGCCGCACAAUCUUCCUCGAAGAAGACGAGUCAUGGAUCGAACAGAUCAAACUACGCUUUCCCAUGUUGGAAUCAUACCAUGUCACCUAUGAUACCAAGGUGAACCAGGCAGAUAAUCUAAUGGAGGUAGGCAGAGGACCUGAGUGUACAUCACUUGUUGAUCUUAAAUACUCCAUAUGCCAGCUCUCACUAAAAAGUUUGCCAAGUGAGGUCUAUGAGAUGAAGUGGGAUUUGAUAAUGGUGGAUGCUCCGACGGGGUACCACGAGGAGGCGCCUGGGAGGAUGAGUGCCAUAUACACGGCGGGGAUGAUUGCUAGGAACAGAGAGGAAGGAGCAGAGACUGAUGUAUUUGUGCAUGAUGUGAAUAGAGAGGUUGAAGAUAGGUUUUCAAUGGAGUUUCUUUGUGAAAAGUAUAUGAAGAAACAAGAAGGAAGAUUAAGGCAUUUCACCAUUCCUAGUCACAGAGAUGGCUCUGCCACCAACAAGCCAUUCUGUCCAUGACUAGUAGAUCAUUGAAUAUGUUAUUGUAUUUUUUGUUUCCUGUUUUUGAGAAAAAAAUCUAUUGGGAUUGAAUUUAUAGUUUUGC